AGAUUCAAAAUUUUCGUUUUUUUUAUUAAACUAUUAACAAAAUGAGCAACCAACAGUACGAUGGACUGUCAAACUUUUUAAAAGAAUACACUAGAAAAUAUGGUCCUCCUAUUGAUAAUAUUAAUAAUUAUAAAGGCCAAAGAACCUUAAGGAAUAGAAAAUAUAUGAACUAUACUGGUGUUAAUAACUUUACUCCUCAUAAUCAAAGACAAUAUGGAGAAAGUAGUUCCAGUGUUGAUCAGUUUAGAAAAAAUAAAGCUCCUGGCAGUGUCCUCAGAUGUGAAACUUCUGGAAGGAGUUCUAUUAGUCCUGUAAAGUAUGAAGCUCCUAUCAGAAAUGAAACUUCUAACAACAAUUCUAUUAAUCGUAUAAAAUAUGAAGCUCCUAUCAGAAAUGAAACUUCUAACAACAAUUCUAUUAAUUACAUAAAAUAUGAAUCUCCUAUCAGAAAUGAACCUUUUAACAACAAAUCUAUUAAUCAAAUAAAAUAUGAAGCUCGUAUAAGAUAUGAAGCUCAUAGCAGACAUGAAACUUCUAUCAACAAUUCUACUAAUCGUAUAAGAUAUGAAGCUCCCAGCAGACUCGAAACUUCUAGCAACAAUUCUACUAAUCACAUAAAAUAUGAAGCUCCCAGCAGACUCGAAACUUCUAGCAACAAUUCUAUUAAUCACGUAAAAUAUGAAGCUCCUAUCAAUGUCCUCGGAAAUGAAACUUCUCGCAACAGUUCUAUCAAUCGUACAAAAUAUGAAGCUCCCAGAAGUGUCUCUACAACAUAUGGAACUCCUGGCAGUGCUUAUGGCAUUUCAAUAAAUUAUGGAACCUCUCACGAAACUCUUGCAAGUAAUUCUAAAAAUUGUGAAACUCUUGCAAGUAAUUCUAAAAAUUAUGUAACACUUAAAAGUAGUACUAGAAUUUGUGUAACCCUCGCAAGUAAUUCUAGAAAUCGUAAAACUCGUGCAAGUGAUUCUAGAAAUUACGAAAAUCUUGCAAGUAAUUCAAGAAAUUGUUUGGAACAAGUAGCUUUAGUAACUAUGAAACUCUUGCAAAAAAUCAGGAUGUUCUCAAGAUUCGCAGCAGAAGAUUCAAAUAAUGAAAUUGAUGCUGCUACUGAACGAGAUAAAAAGAGAAAAGAACUCGAUAAAGAUAAUGAAUAUACCAGCACGCCCACUUGA